AUGGCGUCUAGGUUACCAUUUCACCGUCUGUCAGAGCUACACCUGAGGUCCAUUCCUCGAACAGCUCAAUGCUCCCGCUUGCCUUGCAUUGGUGCUCGCAGGAGUAUUACCUCUUUGGCGCUUAGAAGGCAUAAGACUGGCGCGGUUUUGCUGCAUGCUCCGUCCUCGGGAGCCAAUAUACCCCGGAGCAGUCUCGCCCGCCUCGGAGGCUAUCAGAUCAGAACUUACGCUGAUACCAUAGUGAAGGUCCCUCAGAUGGCAGAAUCGAUCACCGAGGGUACAUUGAAGCAAUUUUCGAAGCAGGUGGGCGAUUACGUUGAGCGGGACGAAGAAAUCGCUACAAUUGAGACAGACAAGAUCGAUGUGUCGGUCAAUGCGCCUGAGUCUGGGACUAUUAAGGAGCUCCUCGUGAACGAAGAAGACACUGUGACGGUUGGCCAGGAUUUGGUCAAACUCGAAUUAGGUGGCGCUCCUGGGCCAAAAGAGGAGACAGCUACUGAAAAGCCGAAGGAGCCCGCAGAUGUCAAGCAGCCUCCUGCAGAGUCCAACAAGCCACAGCCAUCAGAGGCCCCCAAAGCUCCGUCGCCUCCGCCUGAACAGCCUCCUACUUCCAAGCCUCAGCGUCCUGCUCCUAAGUCAGAGACUCCUUCUGACGUUAAACCGACCUUCGAAGGUCGUGAGGAACGUAGGGUGAAAAUGAAUAGAAUGAGGCUGAGAAUAGCCGAGCGCCUGAAGCAGUCCCAGAAUACCGCUGCCUCGCUCACUACCUUCAACGAGGUUGACAUGUCAUCCCUCAUGGAAUUCCGGAAACUCUACAAAGACGAUGUACUGAAGAAAACGGGUGUCAAACUUGGCUUCAUGAGCGCUUUUUCCCGUGCCUGUGUCCUAGCUAUGAAAGAUGUCCCCGCCGUUAACGCAUCGAUCGAAGGCCCCAAUGGUGGUGAUACCAUUGUUUACCGCGACUACGUUGACAUCAGCGUGGCUGUUGCUACUGAGAAGGGCCUUGUGACACCUGUCGUCCGUAACGCUGAAACCAUGGAUCUCGUCGGAAUUGAAAAGGCCAUAGCAGACCUUGGCAAGAAGGCACGGGACAACAAGUUGACAAUCGAGGAUAUGGCUGGUGGCACUUUCACCAUUAGCAACGGUGGUGUUUUCGGCUCUUUGAUGGGCACUCCGAUCAUCAACUUGCCCCAGACUGCUGUUCUUGGACUCCAUGCGAUCAAGGACCGGCCAGCAGUCGUCAACGGUAAAGUGGAAAUUCGUCCCAUGAUGUAUCUUGCCCUGACCUAUGAUCAUCGACUUUUGGAUGGACGGGAGGCGGUCACUUUCCUUAUCAAGGUCAAGGAAUACAUUGAAGAUCCUCGUCGGAUGUUGCUCGGCUAG